UUCUCACCUUAGUAUGUAAAGUCAUUGAUCCUUUGCAUUCAUAAUAAAAGGAAACCAUACAAGACAUCCCAGACAUCCCGUAUUAAAUAUACGUGCUUGAAUUAUCAAAAAAUCUUUAAAGUUGAUUUAAAUCCAAAGAAAUGUAUCCACAAAGUUCACAGAAAAAGUAUUGGACUUUCAAAAGUGAACAGGAAUUGGCGGAGCUUCGCCUAAAACAGAAUCGCAAUUUUAUUGCCCGGCAUGGAACCGAAAUGUCUGAAGAACAAAAAUCAUCAUUUUUCUUGUCAGCCGACGAGGAACGGCUGCUACUGAAACAGUAUGAGCUUCAGUUGAAGGAAUUCUGCAAACGGUUCGAACCCCCCAUGCCAAAAUAUGUCGUCGGAACGGCUUUCCACUAUUUCAAACGCUUUUAUUUAAACAACUCAUCGAUGGAUUAUCACCCUAAGGAAAUUCUAGCUACCUGUGUGUACCUUUCCUGUAAAGUGGAAGAAUUCAACGUUUCAAUCGGUCAAUUUGUGGCAAACAUCAAAGGCGACCGUAACAAAGCGAUGGACAUAAUCCUGUCAAACGAGUUAUUGUUGAUGCAGGAGCUGAACUACUAUCUUACGAUUCACAAUCCAUUUCGACCGAUUGAGGGAUUCCUGAUUGAUAUAAAGACUCGUUUUAAUAUGAGCAAUCCUGAUAGGCUUCGUCCAGGUAUUGACGACUUCAUAGAUAAAACAUUCCUCACAGACGCACCUUUGACGUACGCCCCUUCUCAGAUUGCGCUAGCAGCCGUUCUACACGCAGCCAGCAAAGAACAGGAAAACCUUGAUAAGUACGUAACUGAAUCGCUUUUCGGAACAGCGAAAGACAAACUACCGGUUUUGAUAGAAGCUGUACGUAGGGUACGGUCGAUGGUCCGUACCAUCGAGUUGCCUCAGAAAGACAAGGUGCGAGCACUCGAGAAAAAGUUGGAAAAAUGUCGAAACCAGGAGAAUAAUCCCGAUAGUCAAAUCUACAAGCAACGGAUGAAAAAGAUGUACGAAGAUGAGGAUGACGCCGAGCUGCUGAGCUCCACUUACCACAUGAACGCAACCGAUACAAGCUUAGAAGUGUCCCAACUGAACAGCAGUAACUCGGCUAAUAUGUCAAUAGAAUGAAUCUGUAGCUCAGGUAGCUGAACACAAUACGAUCAUUGUGCUUUAACAAAUUUUGAGCUAGAUCGAUUCAUGAGAUCACAUUUCCGUACAAAUUCAAAUUGUUAUGGCAGUUAAAUUGUAAUAAAGUUUUCAUAAAAUUUUGUAAACUAGGACAUAAUGACCAAUAGAGGACGCUCCAGCCAUA